UUGUAACUGUCGUUGGCCAACUCAGCAGAGCCCAUCUCUAAAAUCAAAUCGAUAUUUCAUUCCGAAUAAAAACCGAGGGUUUGGAGUUGGGACAUAUCAUAUGCAAUGGGUUCGCACAAGUAGUAACUAGGGUUCGCAGAGGAGAAACUUUCAUACCCCAAAUCCAGAACGUGUUCGUGCUGUAGUCAUGGAUUCCGGGUUGCAAAAAACUGUCACCAAACGACCUAGGUUUUCGGAGGAUGUCAGCAGGUGCAACAACCAAGAUAUGAUUAGCAAUCUACCUGAUGCACUAAUUUCUCACAUACUUUCAUUCUUGCCAACAAAGUAUGCUGUAGGAACUACUAUAUUAUCGAAAAGAUGGAACUAUCUUUGGACCUCUGUCAAGAACCUUGACUUUAAUUCCUCCUUGAUUCUCAAUAUCGGUCGGGGUUAUUACGCCAGUUCUGAUGAAUUUAUGAAAUCCUUUGUGGAAUUUGUUGAACGGGUACUUUUUUUUCAUGAUGGAAUGUCUGUUGAUAAAUUAUGUAUUUCUUCAAGAUCCAGAGUGUGUGAUAAUCAGAUUUAUACUUGGGUAUCCGCUGUAUUACCAUGUCACCUGAAAGAACUUCAAGUUACUUCCACAUCAGUUCGUCAAACGCCUUCAUCAGAACUGUGGCAAGUUGAUUUGCCUUGGAGUCUGUUUACAUGUAAGACAUUAACCACUUUAAAGUUGUGUGGGGGAUUUGUGCUACGUAUUCCAACUCGUGUAUGUCUUCCUGCACUUAAGAUCCUCCAUCUGGAUUCUGUUAUAUACGUAGAUGAUGUUUCCAUACAGAAUCUACUUUCUGGUUGCCCUGUACUAGAGGAUCUGGAUAUAGAGAGACGCAAUUGGGACGGUGUUCAGGUCAUUGAUAUAACUUCCCCCACUCUGAAAAGAUUUUCGUUGCAGUUCUUUUUGUAUGAUCAUUUUGGAAGAUUCCCGUACAAGAUCUCUGUUUCUGCUCCCAGUCUUCUGUAUCUGAAAUUGGCUGAUAAUAUGGCAGUGAAGUAUUCUGUGGAUAAAAUGCCAUCUUUAGUUGAAGCACAAAUUGGUAUCUAUAACUAUAAUUCUCCUUCUUCACUUAAGCUUGUUAAAGAAGUUGCUCAUGUUAGGGUAUUGCAGUUGUCUGGAAAGAUUUUGGAGUUCAUUGAAUCUGCUAAGAACUAUAAAUUUCCGCUGUUUCACAAUCUUGUGCGUUUGGAGUUGGGGGCUAACAAAGAAGCUGGAUGGGAUUUACUAGCAGAGCUACUUCAAAGUACACCAAAUCUAGAAGUACUUGUCUUUCCAAGGGGACUUGUAAAACGUAUAAGUUCCAGUAAAAAGCCAUACUUUCAAUUUGAAUGGGAUCCCCCGGAAACUGUGCCUGGAUGUUUGCUGCUGUCUCUAAAGAUGAUCAUUAUACAUGAUUUUUUUGGGAAGAACUGUGAGAUGGAUUUGGUGGAGUACCUGCUGGAAAAUGCAAAAGUUUUAAAACAGAUGACUAUAUACUUUUUGAAUUUCAAGCGACAGGAGUCUUGCCAAAGGAACCUGCUGCGAUGUCGAAGGGGAUCACCUACUUGUAAACUAGAGUUGAUACUAAAAGAGGAGCAUGUGAAAAUCGGGGAUACAUAUGACCGCUACAUUCUACCAAAUUUAAGAGGAGCAUUGUUGGUUUUGGCCCACUACGGUACAGCCCAGCAAGAAUGCAAAUUUUUUAAAUUGAUUAGGAAAAGCUUACUGUAUUACAUUUUGUAAUUAAUUUGUAACUAAGAGCAAGUCCAAUGGUGAGCUAUAUCUUGUGCUAUAUCUAUAUUAUAGCUCAAAAUUAAAAAAUUUCAACUCCAAUAAUGUGCUAAACUUGGUGCUAAAAUAGCAUAUUGCUAUAGUUGGUGCUGUAUUUAGCACAAACUAUAGCAAUAGCUAUAAUUGCCACCUCAUCAAAAAGUAAAAAAGUGGAGAGAAAUGAAUAAAAAAUAGAUUUAUAUCUCAACCUAUUCAAGUACAUGAAUGCACA